GCUGGCGGAUACCUAAACGACAAUUGGUUAGACGUGGCCGUAUUGGAGCCGACUAGGAUCCAGGAGCCAUUAACAACAAGAAGAAGAAUAAUUUUAAGUACUCUAAAGUACUAUUGUUAUGUCGUUACGCAAUGAUCAACGCAUGCUAAUAAUGGAAAUUAUGUUGGCGCACGAAAAUGUCAAUGGAAGCGAACACUAAAGUUAAACUCAAUCAUGUUAUUUAUUGUUCAUCCACUAAGAAGCUGCCGGCACGUGUCAUGCAAUCUUGUGCCGAAGUUUUCCGUCAUCAUGGGCUCUGGCUUCCCAAGACGUAAGGCUACAAAGACUGGAUACGUGGGAGAACCGACACAAACCCUGAAAGAUGGCCACGAACGAUUUGGUGCGACAGGUCUAACAGUUCCUCUUGUCCAGAAAAAUGUUGCAUAUGAAACUGAGAAAGACGCGCAUAAGACAGAAAGCUCAGAAUGGACGCCUAUCUUAAUCGAUUAUACCAAACUUCACAAGCACUACCUCAGAUUAUCAAAGAUUAGAUUGACAUAUCUCGUUGUAGCGACAACUAUGGCUGGAUACGCAUUGGCUCCCUUGCCAUUUGACUUGCACACAUUUGUAAUGUGCUCCUUAGGUACAGGCUUAGUCUCCGCCACUGCAAAUACAGUUAAUCAAUUCUUUGAAGUCCCCUUUGACGCGCAAAUGUCGCGGACGAAAAAUCGGGUAUUGGUACGUGGUCAUUUGACGCCUGUUCAUGCAAUAGCAUUUGCUGCAGUGACUGGCAUUGUUGGAUUAUCCGUACUUUACCAUGAAGUGAAUGGUAUCACAGCAGCGCUAGGUGCUGGCAAUCUUGUUUUGUACACGCUCAUAUAUACACCCAUGAAACGCAUCAGUAUUGUCAACACGUGGAUCGGCUCUGUUGUAGGAGCUAUUCCCCCUCUUAUGGGCUGGGCAGGUUGCGCCGGCAGCAUCCUGACCCCAGCCGCUUGGCUCUUGCCUGGAAUUUUAUAUGCGUGGCAAUUUCCACACUUUAACGCUCUUUCGUGGAACCUAAGACCGGAUUACUCACGAGCCGGCUAUCGAAUGAUGGCCGUCACAAACCCGGAUUUAUGUCGCAGAACGACUGUGAGAUACACAGCGGUUUUAAUGGCGUUGUGUUACUUGGCUCCUGCGUUGGAUGUAACCCAUUGGUGGUUUGCGCUGGCUUCGACGCCAGUCAACGCAUCUUUCCUGUAUCUAGCUUGGAAAUUUAAUAAGCAUUCGGAUAGUGCUAAUUCUAGGAAAUUGUUUCGAUUUUCGUUGCUUCAUCUACCCCUGUUGAUGAUGCUGAUAUUCUCAAGCAAAAAGCAUUGGGCCAACACGGAAAAACAGGGAGAUAAAGUCGAAUCUUCUCACAGCGAGUCAGCAAAGAAGAAUCUACUGGCCAUUUUCACUCCAACGCCUAUCGCUACAACAAUUUCCUCUGUGUAAUUUUAUUCCAUUGGACAUGUCAGUGAUAGUACAAAUUAUUGCAAUAUCGUUAUAAAUUUCAGGUCUCUGUGAGAUUUGUACAUUACCUCAUUAGCUUUUCAAAAUACGAUAUUGUGUAAAAUAGACUGUAGAUACAAUCAAUACUGGACUUGUGUUGUCUGGUAUUAAUAUAACCAAUAAAUGAAAGUGAUAGCAGGA